UCUUUUGUUUAACCUUUGAAGUCAACAUUCAAGACUAGUAUACGCAGAGAGAGGCAGAAGUUGAAGAUUGGACACUGUAGCGAGCUCCUAAUCGCCAUCUCCGUGUUGGUGGGUGCUUCUAGCUGCAGCUACUUAGUGCUAAUACUGAUUCUAUUAAGGGAUCUCCUUAAAGUUUAGUGGAUGAUGAUGAAGAGUCAAUAUCAAAGGAGAACGAAAGGAAGAAAAAUGAUAUAGACGAUUGUUAAAGAAUUCUUAUUCAAGCAAAGCUGCAAGAGCAAAUUGAGUGACAUCAAAGUUGCAUGCAAAGGAAGAGAGUUAUUCAAUGAGUAACGGGUGGGGAGAUAUGUUUGAGGCAGCAGGUUUGGCUGCAACUUCUGCUGUGGGUGCUGCAGCUUCUGCUGUGUGUACUGCAGCAGGGGAGGAGGCCUACAACUAUGGGAAAAAUAUUGUCAAUAACAUGAGGCGCAAACCUGAUAAUGAAGCUGAUAAUGAUCUAGAAGACAACCAUAAAAGGUUAAAAGAGAAAGCAAAGAAGCUGUAUGCCAGAAGAGAUAAUAUAUUGGCUCAAACAAAGACAAAGCUAGUCAAUCAAGUAUGCGAAGCUUGGAUUUCUAGGGUCAUGAAAAGUGAAGAAGAGGUGCGAGAACUAGAAAUCAAGUACAAUGAUGAAAAAAGUAAUAAAAAGAGACGGAGUCAGGAUGGGUCAAGCAAGUCAUGCACAGAUCUUAGCAAUAUCAUGGCAGAGAAGUGUGAUGAACUGCAUAAUCUUUGGUUAGAGGAAAAGUCUAAGAUAGGAAUACUAGUUGAGAAAUUGCCAGAGCGUGUGAUAAUUAUGCAUGGACCCAAACCAGAAGACAAGCCAUUUCUCCACUCAACUGUUGAAGAAAUACUGGGCCAUCUAAGAGAUAAGAAUGUAAAAAGAAUUGGACUUUGGGGAAUGCCGGGAAUUGGGAAAACAACCAUAAUGAGGAGCUUAAAUAACUAUGAAGAUACUGCUAAAAUGUUUGAAAUUGUUAUUUGGGUAACUGUAUCAAAGGAUUUGAGUUUAGAAAAGUUGCAACACAAAAUUGCAGAUCGGUUAAAAUUGAAUAUGGAAGGCAUCACUGAGCCUGAAAUUGCACAACAAAUAUCGAAAGAGUUAAAAAGCAAAAGGUAUCUACUUCUUUUGGAUGAAGUUUGGGACUUUCUUGAUCUGUCUCUGAUAGGAAUGUAUGAAAGUGAAAUGGAUAGCAAGGUGGUAUUGGCAACUAGAUAUCUUCAUGUUUGUUCCGAUAUGGAUACUCAUUUGGAAUUAAAUGUGCCACGAUUGUCUGAAGCUGAUGCAUGGAAAAUGUUCAAGGUAAAGGUGGGUCGAAAUUUCAAUAUUCCAAAUGUUGAACCAAUAGCCAAGGAAGUUGUUAUCGAAUGUGCUGGUUUGCCUCUCCUGAUAGACAAGGUAGCAAGUAAUUUUAGAAGAAGGGAUAACAUUCACCUAUGGAGUGAUGGAUUAAGAAGUUUGCGGAGAUGGCCUAGUCUCAAAAUCCAAGGCAUUGGUGAAUUGAUUGAGUGCUUGGAGUUUUGUUAUGAAAAUUUGAAUGAUGAGGUUCAAAAGGAUUGCUUUCUCUAUUGUGCAUUAUAUACUGAAGACUAUGAAAUUUAUACAGAUCCUCUAUUGGAAUGCUGGACAGUUGAAGGUUUCAUUCAUGAUGCAAGUGAGUUUAGAGUUGCACGUGGGAUAGGGCAUUCAAUAUUGAAGGAACUUAUCAGCGUGUCUUUGCUAGAGAAGAGUGAAAAGAUGAAUCAUGUGAGGAUGAACAAAGUAAUACGAACUAUGGCACUUAACAUUUCUUCUCGAAGAUGUAAUUUUAAUAUUUUGGUGAAACCCCAUGAAGGGUUGCAAGUGGCCCCCGAUGAGGUAGAAUGGCAACAAGCAAAUCGAAUCUCCUUGAUGGAUAGUAAAUUGGGCACUUUGCCGAAAAUGCCAAAUUGCAAUAAGCUUUCCACACUGUUAUUACAGAGAAAUUGGGAACUAAAAAAGAUUCCUGAUUUAUUCUUUCAAUACAUGCAAAAUCUACGAGUUCUAGAUUUACAUGGCACUGGAAUUAUGUUAUUACCAUCAACUAUAUCUGUCUUGAAGUGUCUCAGAGCGCUAUAUUUGCAUUCCUGCAGAUUUUUAAUGGAACUCCACUUAAAUGGACUUGAGCAUCUUGAGGUGCUUGAUAUUCGAGACACUGGGCUUAAUCAUUUUCCAAUUCAGAUUAUACAUUUGAUUCGGUUGAAGUGUUUAUGUAUGUCAUUGUCGAAUUUUGGCAUUAAACAUUCAAGUGAUGUAGAAUCUUGUCAAAAUGUCUUUUCAAGUCUUUAUUUAUUGGAAGAGCUACAAAUAAUUGUGAAUUCAAAUAAUCAAAAUUGGGAGCUAACUGUAAAGGCUAUUUCUGAGGGAGUGGCUACCUUGAUGCAUUUGACUUCACUUUCAAUUUGCUUCCCUACAGUGGAUUGUCUUAAGAGUUUUAUCUCAAAGAGCCAAUUAUGGAAAGAUUGCUGCUUCACAUUUCAGUUUUCUGUUGGUUACCAUGACACAACCCUUUAUAAAAUUCUUGGCUGCUUUGAAUAUCAAAAUAUGAAUUGUUUGAAAUUUGCAAAUGGUGAAGGUGUAGAUCCUAUCAUUUCAGAUGUACUUUUGAAAACUCAUGCAUUUGAAUUGAUUGGGCACAAGGGAGCUUCAAGACUAUCAGAUUUUGGUGUCAAUUGUAUCAACAAGAUGCGAGGUUGUUUGAUUGAAGGGUGCAAUGAAAUUGAAACGAUUGUUGAUGGCAAUAGCAUAACAGGAAGUGCGUUAAUAUGCUUGGAAAAGAUGCUCAUAAAUAAUGUUCCAAAUUUAAAAACCAUUUGGGAAGGUCCGGUACAAUAUGGAAGCCUAUCUCAGCUAACAACUUUAACGUUAUGCAAAUGUUUGAACUUGAAGAUGAUAUUCUCUAGUGGCAUGAUUAAAGAACUCUCUAAACUUCAACACCUAGAAGUUGAAGAGUGUCCUGAAAUUGAAGAGAUAAUUACAGAGUCUGAGAAUAUUGGGCUGGAACCUGACGUGCUUCCAAGAUUAAAGAUGCUAGUACUUUCUAAUCUUCCAAGAGUAAAAAGAAUUUGGACAAGUGACUCAUUAAAAUGGCCAUCUUUAGAGAGGAUUAAGAUAUCCAUGUGCCAAAUAUUGACAAAAUUGCCUUUCAACAAUGAUAAUGCAAUCAACUUGAGAUGUAUUGAAGCUGAUCAAUCAUGGUGGAGUGCAUUGGAAUGCCAAGAUGAUGCUAUUAAACAAAGAUUAAGGUCUAUAUUGUUUCAAUCUCCUUAAUAGCGGUUCUUCUGGAUAAGGUAAUGUUUGAAGUUGAAGGUAUUCUCCAAUGGCAUGGUUGAAUAGCUCCUUGAAUUUCAAUACUUAAAGAGUUGAAGUAUGUCUUGAAAUUAAACUGAUAAUUGUGGUUGAAAUUUGGAAAUACAUUUGGUCUGGUUACUCAUUGAAGUGGCUAUAGUUAGAGAGGAUUGCAAUAUCUAUGGGCUCAAUGUUGACAAAACUUCCCUUCAACAACGAGAAUGUAGAUAAUUUGAGACAUAUUGAAGGCAAUGGUGGAGUUAAUUAUUAUGGCAAGAAGAUGCUAGUGAACAGUGAUUACGAUCUAUAUGCAUUUUAAACAUAGUGCAUUUGGCUUCAUUCUUGUUCACAGCAGUCCUGUGUAAGAAGUGGUUGAGGGUCUGCUCCCAACUUUUGGCUUGUAAGAUUUAAAACUUUCAUGUUUUUCUACUCUUUAAAAUGACAUAUGAAUGUUAGCAUCUACUAAGACUACUAUAUUGACAUGUGAUGUGAUUGUUUAGUGUUUGUAAUUUAAAUAAAUAUUAAACUGAAAC